AGAGUUCACGCCUCUGUAUGCCGAGGAGGCGAGGACUAGUCGGCCACCGACGCCCUGCUAGUCCCAAACGAAAGGGGCAAAGGACCGCACUUUCCCGGGGACUGUGAACUCGGCCGAGGGCUAGGAGGCGGGAAGAAGCUGUGUGGGCGGGGUCAGGGGUGAGAGGUCAGAAGGCCGCGGCGGGGGGCGGAGCGAGCCGGAGGCGGAUGGCGGCGGCUCCCCAUCUUCAGCGGCUGAGGCGUUGAGAUCGCGACGCGGUCCGGCGCGUCUGGCGGAGCAAGGCGAGCGGUGGGCGCUCCCAACAUGCACAGCCUGGCGACGGCUGCGCCCGUGCCUACUGCACUGGCUCAGGUGGAUAGAGAGAAGAUCUAUCAGUGGAUCAACGAGUUGUCCAGUCCUGAGACAAGAGAAAAUGCUUUGCUGGAGUUGAGUAAAAAACGAGAAUCUGUCCCGGACCUUGCACCCAUGCUGUGGCAUUCAUUUGGUACUAUUGCAGCACUUUUACAGGAAAUUGUAAAUAUCUACCCAUCUAUCAACCCCCCUACCUUGACAGCACACCAGUCUAACAGAGUUUGCAAUGCGCUGGCAUUGCUGCAAUGUGUGGCUUCACACCCAGAAACCAGGUCAGCAUUUCUCGCAGCACACAUCCCACUUUUUUUGUACCCCUUUUUGCACACUGUCAGCAAAACACGUCCGUUUGAAUAUCUUCGGCUCACCAGCCUGGGAGUUAUUGGGGCCCUAGUAAAAACAGAUGAGCAAGAAGUAAUCAACUUUUUGUUGACAACGGAAAUUAUCCCUUUGUGUUUGCGCAUUAUGGAAUCUGGAAGUGAACUCUCUAAAACGGUUGCCACAUUUAUCCUCCAGAAGAUUCUCUUGGAUGACACUGGGUUGGCUUACAUAUGUCAGACUUAUGAGCGGUUCUCCCAUGUUGCCAUGAUCUUGGGUAAAAUGGUCCUGCAGCUGUCCAAAGAGCCUUCUGCCCGUCUGCUGAAGCAUGUAGUAAGAUGUUAUCUUCGUCUCUCAGAUAACCCCAGGGCACGUGAAGCACUCAGGCAGUGCCUCCCUGACCAGCUGAAGGAUACAACCUUCGCCCAGGUGCUAAAAGAUGACACCACCACGAAACGCUGGCUUGCACAACUGGUGAAGAACCUGCAAGAGGGCCAAGUCACCGAUCCCCGGGGUAUUCCCCUACCCCCUCAGUGAUCCUCCCCUGUCCCCUUCCACUACUCCCCAAGUUGGGGAACGGAGGGACAGCCACGAGGAAAACAGCUCAGGUUUUCUCGCCGACCGGUAAUAGACAACCUCAAUGCUGAACCGCACUGGAGAGAGGGGCACGGUCCCCCUGCUGAGGUGUAUGGGCUGCCAUCUCAGGCUGUCUUGAGGACCUGGGCCCCUCAGCUACGCCCAGGAAGUGGGCUCCUGACACAGCAGUCUGCCACCACAGCCCCAGGAGGGUGUCAACACCAGCAAAUGCUGUGUUUGCAGCAUGCCCAAGAUGACCCUUCUCCUCACCCUUACCUAGCCGAGGGACAGGAGACUGGUGGCAGCAGCGGCACUCUAGGCAUGGUGAAUGCCUGGGACCAAGCCACGGGGCGUUUUGUUUUGCCUUCCUGGAAGACUCAAGAUGUGUCUCUUCAUUCUCUAUUUGUUUACUUUGUUUUAUUUUAUUUUGUUUUGUUUUUAAUCUCAGAGAGAGGUGUUUUUAAUGGGCAUAAGCUGUAAAAUUCAGCUAAACUUUGUCAAUUGGCACUGUUUACAAGACUGUUAGCUGCAUAAGCUCAAUAAAAAGUUGGUCUGGGCAUUACAUCCCCUCUGACAGGCCAAUAAUGCAUUGAGCAGUUGGGAGGAGUGGAUGGCAGGGGCAAGUUGUAAAGCCAAAGGACAGCAGGCCCCACCGCCUGCUCCCCUUCCUUCUCUUGCUUCUCCCCCAGGCCUGGAUCCCACGGACCUCACCCGGCUUUCUGGCUUUAGCUGCUAGCUUUUCCAAAUUAGUACUUUUUCUUUUGCCACUUGCUCAUAUUAGGUUUAAAAUGGGUGUCUUGAUUCUUUAGGCCGUCCUGUACUGGGCAAGAGGGGUGGCGGCGGCCCUCACUAUCAGUCCAAGUCUUCAAAGAUGUCUUUUGGGUGACUUUUAAAAGGGAGGUGCCUGGGAUUUACAAUUAUAGGCAACUUGAUCCCACUCUGAGUGUGCAUUUCAGUAGCUCCAUCUAUCUUCAUGAUUGUAUUUGCAACAGUAUUAACUAAAUGAGUUCAUUUUAUUCAGAUUUAAGAUGGAGGGCUGGACUCAACUCACUCAGUUUGGCCUUUUUUUUUUUUUUUUUUUUUUUUUUGAUAUAUUUGUCUUGUGAUUUUUGCGAACUACAGGGUUGCCACUAAAAUUUUUCACUGGUUCAUGUUGUGCCAGAGAAUUCCCUUUCUAUGGAGCUUUAGGUAGCUCUGGUCACAAUCCACAGACUUGAACCUGUAACAUAAUCUGCCUUGCUGUCCCCCAGUUCUCGCUCCUGCUAGUACUUCU